AUGAUCUCCUCCACUUCCACGAUUUCGAAUUAUGUACCGCUAGAUGUAAUCGACCGUAUACUACUCAGAUUACCAGUGAAUGCUCUCAUACGUUUUCUCUGUGUUUCUAAGGAAUGGUCCGCCUUAAUCAAUAGCUCAAAUUUCAUCAAGAAGCACCUCAAUCACUCCAUUGAAACCAACAGCGACCGCACCCUGAUUCUCAAUGAAACUUUCGUGAAUAAGCUGUCACAAUCACGUUGGUUCUCCGUUCCUUACUCCGACAAUGACCAGUUCUGCAAGGCCGUCCAAAUUUACCAACCUCUGCAUAAUUGGAAAAUCUUGGACUAUUGCCACGGCUUGAUUUGCCUUAGCUUUUAUAAUAGCUACGAGAAAAAGAAUGACAUCGCGAUUUGGAAUCCAUUGAUCAGGAAGUACAGGAAGUUGCCCAGCGAACCAAUAGACAAACCUUCUGGUUCGUUGUAUUAUUUUUAUUCCAGUUUUGGAUUUGGAUAUGAUCCUAGUAACAACGAUUAUAAAGUGGUGAGAAUCACACAAUUUUAUGAGAUAGUUUUCUUUGAAGUGAAGGUAUAUAAUCUGAAAUCACAGCGUUGGAAAAAAAUUGAAAAACAAUGGCCAAUCGAGGGGAUACGUUCAAAGCAGUCAGUUUCAUUGAAUGGAGCUUUCCAUUGGAUAGUUGUGCAGAAUGAUGGGUCUAAAUCUAUUCUUGCUUUUGAUCUUGCCAAUGAGAAAUUCCGACUCUAUAGAAAGUCCCGCAAUGAAGAUUUGCUUUCUUUGGAAGUGUUGGGAGGAUGCCUCUGUUUUAUGGGCUGCGGCCCAGAAUUUCCGGAUUAUUAUGAUUUUUGGUUGAUGAAAGAAUACGGGGAUGAGAGUUCCUGGACUCGGAUUUGUAAGAUUGAAUUAGAUGCAGAGCCUUGGAAUUUUGAAUAUUUCAAGCCUCUACUCUUUUCCAAGAAUGGCAAAAAGAUUUUGAUGGAAGGCAUCGAUCUUAUUUGGUAUGACAUAACAACGAAAAGAGGCAAGAAAGUUAAGAAUCGGAGUUUUCCUAAGCGGUUUAAAACAGCAACUUGUAUUGGGAGUCUUCUUUUGCUUGACGGUGAUAAUGUGAUUGAUCUGAAGCAGAAGAAGAAUAAGAGGAAGAGGCAGGAACGAAUUUCAAACAGAGGGCCUUAAUUUGUUGGCGAAAUGUGCGGCAAAGAUGUGACAGUUG